AUGUGCGAUACUUCCCCCAUACCCCGCCUCACCAGCUGGGCCGACGACGACGAUGAUUUUGACCUGGAGACAUGGCGAGCAGGCUACAACGAGAAAGCCCCGACACCAGCUGCCGUCGAAGAGUCAGCCCCUUCUCAGCCUGCCCGCACUUUUGAUUGGUCCGAAGACGACGAGGACGAUUUCGACGUCGAGCAAUGGCGGGCGAACUUUGAGAAGAAACAAAAGAACGAGUCGAUGGAAACCGAGCAGUCCGAACCCUAUUCACUAGGCGAACAUGACGUUGCCGACGGACCUGCGGCCAUGCCCGAGGACAUAUAUCGUCCGACACAACCGACUGACGAUUCCGCUCCCGCGGACACCGCUGAAACAGCGACUCGUCUUGCCCAAGAGGCUUUGAAUGAUCUCACCUGCUAUGCCAAUAUGGCAGAAGAGGAAGAGGUUUGCGGCAGCUAUACCAAGGGCUACCUAUCAGCAUCCGAAUACAACGACAACGGCCUGUCUGAGUCGAUCUCAGCCGCAAUGUUUCGCGCCGUCGCAGGCACCGGGAACGGCUACCAUCUCCGUCCCACAGGCACGUGCGAGCCAGAACCGGAACCAGAGCAGGACGACUCGCCCAUGGCCCGAUGGUGCCGACGAAACGGCGUAGCCGUGCCAAACCAGACCUCAGAGGUCGAUCCUUUCGCAGGCAUCAGUCCACUCGAAGACGAAACUGAUGACCAGUCAGAAACUGAUGACCAGUCAGAAACUGAUGACCAGUCAGUCUGCAGUACGGAAUCCAAUUAUUCCAUCAACUCGCUCCCUGGAGAUAGAUCGCUAUAUCUUUCUCCGGAACCGUCAGAUUGGCCAUGGCCAGAGAGGUACUACAAGUUGACUGUUCCCUACAUGAACACGGCCAUGAGGGAGUACUCGUCAGGAAAGCCUUCGUAUCCCGAGCUAAGUGUAUCUGAUAAUCCUUGGGAGCGAAGGAGUUACACACAGACUUUCCGGCAAAUCAAGUACUCUUACAAUGUGCGUUGGGGACCGAAGGAUACCUUCCUUUUCCAACGUUCCUUGCUCUCUAACAUGGAGACUUGCGACAACACAGAUGCUCCAUCAUCUGAGGAUUCUCCGGCUACGGCAUUGGCAGAAGAGACCAUAGCAGACGCAGUCGCUCCCGAGCCCGCUGCCCUAAGUGGAAUUUCUGAUGAGGCCUCUGAGGACGUUGUCAACAACGAGGAUAUUGAUGGCGGUUGCUCAGUCGCCGCGCUGACUCUCGAAGAUGGAAAUCAAGAUGGCAAUCCUGUGAUCCACGCAUUCGAAUCAGACACCACUGUCGAUACUGAUGGUGUAGAAGAGACCUCAGGAUACGAUUCGGAUGAUUUCGUCGACGACGAGGACUUCUACGACGAUCCAGCAAUGGGUUCUUCACGAUCUGACAGCGGGAUGGACGAAAUCGAGAUCCGAACCCGGAACAGCGACGUCAUCGCAUCUUUUCCGGAGAGCAAACUCGCUGAUGCUUUGGACCUGGCGAUUUGCAAGCCGGUAGAAGUAUCUUCAGAGCUUCCACCUGGUCUGUUCCUUAUUUCAUCUCUGCAGGAACAGGAUAUUGAAGAGUCUACUGCUAUCUCAGAUGCUUCGUCUUCGGGUUUCACCAUGCAAGAUGAGGAGACUUCAUCAGAAGAAGGUGAAGUCGUGACCCCACCCACCGAGCAGAGCAGCGACGAGAACGAUAUGGCAGUCGUUCUUCAUGAUGCCGAAGAUUAUGCCAAAUAUCUUCUUACACCGGAGAUCAUGGAGCUCUUGAAAGAGAUGAAGCAGAGGCCGGUCACUUCGCAAGUCGAGCACAGCUUUUCGGAAUCGCCUGUCGUUGAAGAAAUUGUCAACAUGGACAUUGCCGAAUUCGAGCAGGAGAGCAAUGAAGGCAGCAUGGCUAUGGUUCUCUAUAGCCCAUGGGACUUUGACAAGAUGUUCCUCUCAUCAGCUCUGAUCAAGGUUUUGCAGAAGAUGAAGCAGAGCGCAACCACCCCUCAGCUCAAGACAGAGGAUUCACUUCUUCUCGAGGACACAAAAGGUGAUAUCAGCCCUAUCACCAUCGGACACGAUCUUCACAGCGAGACAGGAAAAUCGCUCGUCCUUUACCAACCACAGGACACCCAAAAGCUCCUCCACACACCCAAUCUCACUACCCUCCUCGAAGAAAUGAAGCAAUCUUCCAUCUCCCCUUACCAACCGCCUCCACCUUACUCUCUCGCCAUAGCGACCGCGCCGCUCAGGAUCUAUCACCCCAUGGCCAUCAUCCGGGAAGCAAAGAACAGCCCCGUCACAGCUGUUCCAUCCCCCGAAACACAAAAGACCCGCAUGAAAGAAAAUGCAGAGUCUAACAUCCCUUCGAGCACGAAAGAAGUCGCCGAAGAUGAAGAGAAAGGCUGGUUACAAACUUUAUUCUCUAUGCCAUCGGCGGAGACAGCGGCAACGGCUAUCAAAGUCGGAAUGGCGGUCGCUGGGCUGGCUAUAGGCGCUGCUGCGAUUUUUGGACGGCGACGGUAGUCGCU